AUGUCGACGAUAUGUCUCCCGCAUCACGAUACAUAGCGAUGGCUCGCCAAGGACUUUUAGGCGGCGACUCUCAAGAAACGCCCAAGAGGAUUCAAGCUUUGAAAGAUGAUGCUAGACAAGAUGGUGAAAUCAGAACGCCGCCUUUAGACGAUGCCCUAUCCACCCCCAAUCUGGUCGGUCUCAGUCCAACGACGAGGCGGCGGCUGCAAGCCGUGAAGCGAGGCGAGAUGCCUUCCGACCCAAUACGCACGCCUAAAGACCUACUGAAUCGCAAUCCAGACACUCCCGACAGUGCAUUCGGGGCAGCCCUAAGGCCGGGCUCAGGCCGACUUUCUCCAGAGGCAAGGAAACGAUUGUGGCAAGUCGUGCAAGACCUACCUUCUAAGGAACCACAGCUGUCCAAGGAAAGGCAUACGCCACUAUCAGAAAUCCGCAACAGAUUCCUCGCUCAAUUCAAUGGCGACGUAGCCACACCCCCUUCGGAACAUCACGCGGCUCCGAGAAAAUUACAAUUACAGGAACAAGCAGAUACUCCACCCGCUAAAAUGCCAAAAUUAUCGGCAGAUCAAAGUGCUGGCAGUAUAAGCAGUCACGUUCACGAAGAUGAAGACAGUUCUAAGAACUCAACUUCAAGCGCUUCAAGCACUUUGCCUGCAGCGGUGGACGCUCAGCUAAACAGGCUCAAUGCAGCGCUUAGCAGCCGCUUGAGUUCGCAGAAGGCAAGACGCACUAGAGACUCUUUUCCUGUACCAGUUCCACCACCGAUUGAGGUCGAGACAGGCCCCGAAUCGCAGCCCAAUACAGUGGGAUGGGACGACACAACGCCCGCCAACAAUGUACAGGACGCGCCGGUACAGACGCAAGCCACCAAGCGGUUCAUGCUGUCUUCGAAUGUUGAUAACCGCGAAGAGAUAAUAGAAAUGAUCCAAUACCUUGGCGGUGAAGUGUGCGAAGGCACAGAACUUGAUCCGGAGGCGACGCAUUUGCUGUGCGCCGCGCCGGGCCGCAGCGAGAAGAUGCUCGGAUCCAUAGCCGCGGGCCGCUGGGUGCUGCAUCCCGCUUACGUGGCGCGUAGCAGGGCAGGCGGCGGCUUUCUUGCGGUGAGCCUUACUGCCCGGACAUAGGGCCCACUAUCGCGUGGCGCGCGGGCCGCAGCGAGGAGAUGCGAGGCUUCCUGGCGGUGAGCCUUCCUGCCCAGACAUAGGGCCCACUGUCGCGUGGCGCGCAGGCCGCAGCGAGGAGACGCGAGGCUUCCUGGCGGUG